AGAAAGCGCAGGGCGGAAAGAGGAGCCCCAGCACCUCAGAGCUGUCCGGCCAUGGCCAAGAAGCAAAGCACCGGAGCGCCGCGGUGCCAGCAGCCGGACUAGGGAUGACCGGCAGGUUUGCGCUGGACCCAACCCCGAGGGCGGUCAGGCGCAAGGGGGCGGGCGCUGCCGUACUCCGGCCGCGGGGUCAGGGCGGGCCGGCCGGCGGGGCAUUUAAACCCCGCUGACAGCCAGUCCUGCCCGGGACACGCGCCCAGCUCCGUAGCCUCCUCCGUCGACUCAGCCUUGGGUACCGGUCGGGCAAAAUGCGGUCGUCUCUGGCUCCGGGAGUCUGGUUCUUCCGCGCCUUCUCCAGGGACAGCUGGUUCCGAGGCUCCAUCCUGUUGCUGACCUUCCUCAUUUACACCUGCUAUCACAUGUCCAGGAAGCCCAUCAGUGUCGUCAAAAGCCGUCUGCACCAGAACUGCUCGGAGCAGAUCAAACCCAUCAAUGAUACUCACAGUCUCAAUGACACCACGUGGUGCAGCUGGGCCCCAUUUGACAAGGACAACUACAAGGAGUUGCUGGCGGGCGUGGACAACGCCUUCCUCGUCGCCUAUGCCAUUGGCAUGUUCAUCAGUGGGGUUUUCGGGGAGCGGCUUCCGCUCCGUUACUACCUCUCAGCUGGAAUGCUGCUCAGUGGCCUUUUCACCUCACUCUUUGGCCUGGGAUAUUUCUGGAACAUCCACGAGCUCUGGUACUUUGUGGUCAUCCAGGUCUGUAAUGGACUCGUCCAGACCACAGGCUGGCCUUCUGUGGUGACCUGCGUUGGCAACUGGUUCGGGAAGGGGAAGCGGGGGUUCAUCAUGGGCAUCUGGAAUUCCCACACAUCUGUGGGCAACAUCCUGGGCUCCCUGAUCGCCGGCAUCUGGGUGAACGGGCAGUGGGGCCUGUCGUUCGUCGUGCCUGGCAUCAUUACUGCCAUCAUGGGCGUCAUCACCUUCCUCUUCCUCAUCGAACACCCAGAAGAUGUGGACUGCUCCCCUCCUCAGCACCAUGGUGAGCCAGCUGAGAACCAGGACAACCCUGAGGACCCUGGGAACAGUCCCUGCUCUAUCAGAGACAGCGGCCUUGAGACUGUGGCCAAAACCUCCAAGGGGCCAUGCGAAGAGCCUGCUGCCAUCGACUUCUUUGGGGCGCUCCGGAUCCCAGGCGUGGUCGAGUUCUCUCUGUGUCUGCUGUUUGCCAAGCUGGUCAGUUACACCUUCCUCUACUGGCUGCCCCUCUACAUCUCCAAUGUGGCUCACUUUAGUGCCAAGGAGGCUGGGGACCUGUCUACACUCUUUGAUGUCGGUGGCAUCAUAGGUGGCAUCAUGGCAGGGCUCAUCUCUGACUACACCAAUGGCAGGGCCACCACUUGCUGCGUCAUGCUCAUCUUGGCUGCCCCCAUGAUGUUCCUGUACAACUACAUUGGCCAGGACGGGAUUACCAGCUCCAUAGUGAUGCUGAUCAUCUGCGGGGGCCUGGUCAAUGGCCCCUACGCGCUCAUCACCACUGCUGUCUCUGCUGACCUGGGCACUCACAAGAGCCUGAAGGGCAACGCCAAAGCCCUGUCCACGGUCACGGCCAUCAUCGACGGCACCGGCUCCAUAGGCGCAGCUCUGGGGCCUCUGCUGGCUGGUCUCAUCUCCCCCACGGGCUGGAACAACGUCUUCUACAUGCUCAUCUCUGCCGACGUCCUAGCCUGCUUGCUCCUCUGUCGGUUAGUGUACAAAGAGAUCUUGGCCUGGAAGGUGUCCCUGAGCAGAGGCAGCGGCUCUAGUGUGGUCCUAACCCACCAGCGACCGUAUUUUCCUCAAGUCCCAUGACUUUUGUAUAAAGAAAUAUGAGGCCCCAGUUGGAAGAGCAGCAUGGAAGGCCCCAGUUGGGUCCCCAGUGUGCUCCCCGUGGGCAAGACAAUGAAAACUUCCACAAGUAAGGAAGGCAACCCCUCUUAACUGAACAUCAGCCAGCCCAGUCCGAACCCAGGGCUGCCUCAGGACACAGAUUCUCCAUGGGAAGGGGACUGCCAAGCAUGAGGAAAUAGAAUAUUCAGGGGCCUGAGCUCUGGAAGCUGCGAGCAAAGGCCAUGGGACUGGGGCUGAGUUGUGUCUCCAUUUUGAUAAGGGAAGGAUAUGCGCAGACUCUUGCUUGUUCAGAUUCCAAGACAGAAGCCUUCACAAGGCCAAGGCCUGGAAAAUGUGCGUCUCUACUUCCCAUGUUAAAUUUUAAUCUCUGUCAUCUGCCUGUAUCUAUAGGUGGGCAUCUCACUCCGUCAAAUGAGCCCAGCCUCUCUUUGUCCCUCUAUCCAUGAAACAGUCUUCUCUGUGCAUUUCCCCAAGCUGGGCCCUCUUCUACAGCCUAAAUAGGCCUGUUGAUAACUCCCUUACCUGCCCGUCACUGCUGUUUCUCCAGGGCUAACACUCGGGCGAGACAGGGGAGCUGCCUUCAGUACAUAAUUUGAGGGGCACUCCCUCUUGGGCACAUGCUGGCCCUGAGUGCCUCCCUUGCCUCACUCUGAUCCUGGCCCCAUAAUGUCCUCAGUGGAAGGUGACGGGGGCCAGUGCUGUGGGGAGAGUAGAAAGAGGGGUUGGCGUGACUAAAAAUACCAGUAUGUGUAUAAAGUCUUUUGAGAAUGAAAUGUCAAGGAGUGCCUACUGUAUGCCAGCUCUGCUCUAGGAAUGCAGUAGACAAUGGACACAAGGACUUACACCCUGAGCACAGGUGCCAGCAGUGACAAGACUGGCAAGAUGUGAGGGCAUGCAUGGUUCAUUCAGGCAGUUGCUGCAGGUGUGGUCGCCUGGCGCCAUCUGCCGCUCCCUUUUCCACUUUUCUAUAUCCUCCUUCCACCCCAAGUCCCGGAUCACUCAGUCUUCUGGCUAGCUCUUGGCAUCUCCAUCUGACCCUAAAGUUGCCCAUUGGCACCAAUAGAUUCCCUUUGACCUGC